GAUAAGUAGAUCAGUCGAGUCAAGAGAAAGUGAAACUUGGUUGGCCAGAGGUUGAUAUAAGAUUGUGCUGCGCUGCGCCGGCGCAGUCGAGAAAUCCCCUCGGACGCCGCUUGUCACGCCAUACACCAUGAACCUGUUCAUCUUUACGGCAGUACUUGGUGCAGCAUCAGCCCUUCCUUCCUACAUAGCGGUACCAUCAGAUCAGAUAGCCUUUCUGGAUCUGACCGCUCUCCGCGCUCGUCGGGUGCCAAGGCAGACUCUGGAACCACCUUCCCUUCCACAAGCUGCUUACCAAGAUGAUUACCAGCCUGUACCGUUGGAACAGUAUAACCAACCAAGCGUAGCUCUCGCACCUCCCCCACCACCACAAGCCCCAAGAAUACAGCAACAAGAGAAUAGAGCUGAACCAUUAGAACAAUAUGCAGAAAGACCUGCAGAUUUCGGGGAAUAUGUUGACUUUGGGGCUCAAACUGGAGAUAACGGAGCCUUUGGAUGGUAUGCGGACUAUCCACUCAACAAUCAAGAAUCGUAUAAACAUUAGAGUCUUUAAUGACUUAUCCAAUCAGUAUUAGACAAUCUUGCCAAGUUAGGUAUAUAACCAAAGAUUGACAUUGCAGAAUUACCGCACAUUUGUUUUAGACGGUUAAUUCCGCAUUCAGAGAUAGUUAGAUAGAUUAAUAAUGCAAAGUAAACUGUGAUAAGCGCUACGAUAGUUCACUUUAACACUCUAUCUGCUUAAAUAAUGCAUCUAUCAAGAUGCAGUAUUGUAUUUCCUAUUACUUUUCUUGCUUCUUCUUACUUUCUUAAAUACUUUAUUCUUGUUCUAUAUUUCAUGCUUCCUUUCUUUCUUCGCUUAUUCUACGUUAUCUAUAAUCUUGAUUCUUUUUUUUCAUUUCUAUAGACAUGCUUCUUUCUCUCUAUCACUUCCUUAUCGUACUUAUUUCCUUUCAUUACUUUCUAUACUUAUCUACGUUUAUAUCUUAAUCUAUUUCCACUUAUUUUUUUAGACUUAGACUAGACACAUACUUGAUUUAUAUUUAAGAAAUAUCUACGGCUGAUUUAGAUUUGGCUUUGGUAAUCUAGACAAGCAAUUGCUGAGGUCGAAGAUUUUAUAAAUAGCAACUAUUUAUUAAACAUUUACAAAGACUACCCACGGCAAUUUAAGCUGCGCCUUCUAUUGAGUAGACUAGUAUAUGAAAUAUCUGUUCAUGCAAGACCUAUUGUGUCUAAAGUUUCAUUUCUAUCUUCCUAUCAAGCCUUUUCUCUCUAUUCUUAAUCUUUAUACACUUUCUCUCAUCACGCUUUAUGUCUCCAAUCAUCAAUUAGUUUCUCU